AUGGGCUGCGCUGUGUCACACGGGGUACAAGGAUGGGCUGCGCUGUGUCACACAGGGUACGAGGAUGGGCUGCGCUGUGUCACACGGGGUACGAGGAUGGGCUUCGCUGUGUCACACGUGGUACGAGGAUGGGCUGCGCUGUGUCACACAGGGUACAAGGAUGGGCUGCGCUGUGUCACACAGGGUACAAGAAUGGGCUGCGCUGUGUCACACUGGGUACAAGGAUGGGCUGCGCUGUGUCACACGGGGUACAAGGAUGGGCGGCGCUGUGUCACACGGGGUACUAGGAUGGGCCUCGCUGUGUCACACGGGGUACGAAGAUGGGCUGCGCUGUGUCACACAGGGUACAAGGAUGGGCUGCGCUGUGUCACACAGGGUACAAGGAUGGGCUGCGCUGUGUCACAUGGGGUACAAGGAUGGGCUGUGCUGUGUCACACAGGGUACAAGGAUGGCAACUAG